AUGGCCUCAAUUCUGCUGGAGGUGCCAUGGAUGAAGGAGAAUUGCCGCAUCGUUUUAGCCUCAAGCAGCCCCCGGCGGCAAGAGAUUCUGGGACUGCUGGGAUUGCCCUUCGAAGUCGUCAAGCCAAAGUUUGCUGAGGACCUAGACAAAUCGAAGUACACGCCACGCGAGUAUGUGAUGGCGAAUGCACGCAUCAAGUGUGCCGAGGUAGUCAUGAAGCUCGCCCACCCCCGGCACCCCCUCUCCGAAGAGAUGGAGAGGAAGGUCGGCAUUGUCAUCGGAUCCGACACAAUUGUUGUCCGGGGCGACACAAUACUUGAGAAGCCUCAGGACGCAGACCAUGCGCUCGAGAUGCUGCAGGCGUUGAGGGGCCGCGAACACCAGGUGAUGACGGCUGUGGCUGUUUCGGUCGCUGGGGCAGAAGAUCCUGUUGCCAUCUGCGAAGUGACGACGGUCACUUUUGCCGAGCUGUCCGAUGAGGAGUUGAAAGCCUACAUCGCCACAGGGGAGCCCUUUGACAAAGCUGGGGGCUACGGCAUCCAGGCGGUGGGCAGCUUGCUCGUGACCGGCAUCCGUGGCGACUACCAGAAUGUAGUUGGCCUUCCACUGGGCGCGCUCUCACGCCUUCUCGUGUCUGAGCUUGGCCAGUACAGGCAGAAGGUGGCCCUCCGGGACCAUGAGAUCAGCAUGCUUGUCGGCUCGCUCAGCAAGCGCAACACCAAGGCCGCCAAAGAGGCGGCGCACGCCGGCCCAGUCUUCAUCCAAGCUCCGCAAGCGGCCCCGCAAGCGGCCCCUAGUGGACCUAGCGAGCCAGGCAGGGGAGGUCCUCCAGCGGCACCGUCGGAACCUCGUCAGUCACCAGGCUCUACGCCUCCAGAUGCAGCAGCUCUUCUCCUAGACAGGAACAAGGCCUUCGACGCCUUCCGGAAGUCGGUCCGUCGACUUGAGACCUUGGACGAAGGACGCGAGGCCAUGAAGCACCUGGUGACAGAAGCAAAGGAGCUAGGCGACCGCGCAAACGCUUCCAGGAGUGUGGUCCAGGCAAUACAGAAGAAGAUCGAGAAGGAGAUGCUUGGCCGGGUCAUGGGGAGCGCGCCCCACGAUCCCUCGACCAAGGAGAACGCGAUGCCGCCAACCUCGCCAGAGGUCACGGCGCUGAAUCGAGAGAUGGAGGAGCAGAUCUCGACCUACAAGAAGUGCAUGGAGAGAUUGAAGGUGGUGAAAGCUGAAAUUGAUCGGUACAAGGCUGCAUCUCAGGAAAACAACGGCCGCUUGCAGCGGGACUUCGAGGCGUGGUAUCUUGCGCUGCAGGCACAGCGGGGGGUUGUCGGCGGCGAGAUGCAGGGUGACCCACCAGCGCCCACACAGGAUCCACGAGAGGCGGAUGGAAGGAGCCGCGCCUAUGCGGCCCCCGUUCCGAGCCCGGCCCCCGUUCCGAGCCCGGCCCCUCAAGUUCGAGCCACGGCCACGCCGGCCACGCCGAACCCGGCGCCAACCGCUCGGCCGACUCCUGCAGCCUCUGCCUCUCCAAGUGCCGCAGCGCUGACAGGCCAUCAGCAGACUGAUGAUGACAUCCGUGCAUAUUUUGAGGCUGUUGCAUCCUUACAGUCCAAGUAG